CUGAAUUAUUCUUAAACCAAAAUAUUUGAAGCAGACUCUAAGUACAUUAUCGUACGCAACGUGAUCGACUCAAAAGGUCAAAACAUCCCUUUCCGUAACCGAUCGACAUAACCCCACACGUACAUCCCGUCCCAACAUGCAAUCAGCAACUUCGCGACCCAUUCUCCGUAUCACUACCAAUCCAACUCUUCUCCGAUCCCUAUCUAUCACCCCAAGAAUCAUGGGUGCAGGUGAUAUAGGUUCGACAAAGUCGGGCUUUAUGGCCGAGAAGGACUCUUUUGCCAAACGCGAGGCUGCACACGAAGGCAUGUACAUUAGGCAAGUAGAAAAGGAGAAGCUUAAACGUCUCAAACAGAAGGUCAAGGAGCAGCGCAAGCAUAUGGAUGAACUCGACAAGCACCUUGAUGAGUAUACCAAGGCUCAGGGGGGCGAACAGAACUAGCUUUGCGCCUUCGUUGCAAGCCUCUCCUGAACG